GGGCAGAUGUACCCAACCCAAGUCAGCAGAGAGGAGGAGAAGGGCCUUGCUAGCACAUUUUAUUUCAAGACAAUGUUAUUUUGUGAUUCACUGCAAAAAUUCUGCUUGCUUCUGUUGUUUGCAGAAUGAGUCAAAUAUGAAUACUUUUCUUAUGAAAGGAAUAACAGCUGAGAUUUCACCCAGAGACUGGUCACUCUUCGGAGAAAGGACUUCUGGGUUCCUCAGCAGUCAGUUCUACAUUUGAAGUGUUGAGGACCGAACCUGAUCCCAAGUUCGCCAGGAGCCGGCUCCGAGGGAGAGCGAGAGGAAGGGACGCCGGGCACCGCCGAGCCCCGCCGCCUGUCCUGCCACCGCCGCCCCAGGUUUGGGCCCCGACCAUGAAGAUCCCGCUGCUGGUGUCCACGGGAAUCCUGCUGGUCUCCCUCCUGCCCUGCCAGGAGUGCAGAGCUCUCAGCAAGAGCCCGGUGGCCGCCCACGGGGCUCUGCACCAGCCGGAUUACUUCCAGCAGCAGCAGCAGCAGCAGCAAACUCUGCCCGUCCUGCUCCGCAUGGGAGAAGAGUAUUUCCUGCGCCUGGGCAACCUCAACAAGAGACCCGUUGGCUCUUUCUCCGCCUCUUCCAGCAGCACCAACCACCUACAGCCCGAAGCCUCCGCCAGCAACUUUUUGGGGGCGGCGGUGCAACAGCUGCAGCAGCUGCCCGAGGGCUCGCUGGGGACCCCCGAGGAGGGCCAAGCCGAGGAGGGGGAGGCCAUGGAGAGGGAGAAGCGAUCCGAGGAGCCCCCUAUUUCUCUGGAUCUGACUUUCCACCUCCUGCGAGAAGUCUUGGAGAUGGCCCGAGCCGAGCAGUUAGCGCAGCAAGCUCACAGCAACAGGAAAUUGAUGGAGAUAAUCGGGAAAUGAAACGGCCCCUUCCCGCCUUGCCAAAGAGAUUCCGCGGUUAGCACAAGAAUUAUUACACCGUCCGAUGUACCAUAGUGCUGCUCUGAUGUCAUCUCUUUAUUUUUAUAUAGCUUUAAACCUAGAAGGGUGUACUCCGAACAGCCUCUGUCCCUUGACUAGCAUGCACAACCAUGUACCAAGUGCAGAAACACAAGUGUCGUUCGUAACCUCCCCUACCUUUAUUUAUUUCUCCGUUUCCCAGUUAUUCUAGUGCCAUCACUAUGUAGGGAUGUGUGAGCGUUGGAAGAAAUGGUGCCGAGAAGACAGGUAACUUUUCUGCUGGGGGCAGGAAGGUGGGAGGGGGAAUCUCUGUAAGCUACUUUAAAUCCACUUUUUUUCCUUGUAAACAUUUUCACAAUAAAACAUCUUUUCAGCGCUCGGUCGAUUUUGUUGUGUAAGAGAAUGUUUAAUAUUUAUAUUUUUAAUAAAAGCUGCAAAGUAGCGGUGGUUUGAUAGACUUUCUUGCCUAGACGCCCGAGGGCUGCCCUGCCUCCCUCAGAGCUUACUUGGGCCGGGGGGCACCCAUGGCCACAGACACCCAGAGCCACAGGGAGCCCUAAACCCACACCUGGAAAAGAUUUGUUCUCCAUCCCAGGGAGCCCCCCGAGGGGUGUCCCCAGCUCCUGCCACUGUGGCCAUCAUGCAGCAAUGGGAAACACGUGCGGCACUCCCACACCUCUCGUCUGUUUUCUUUCUAGCUCUGCCCAUUUUUCCCCCACUCCAAAAGGGUGGGUUCCUCUCUGCUUCAGCUCCCUGGUCCUGGCAGCCGUGCCCAAGCCAGGUCCCUCUGAGGGGUGCUGGGGAGGUAGUGGUGCCUGUGGGGAAACUUCCCGGGGGGAACUGGGGCAAAUCUAGCAGAACAACAAGGA